CCUUGGAAGAAACUGGAGCAUUUCAUCUUUAAGCAUGGGCAAUAACAAUUCUGUCUCUGUUGGCCCAAAUGAAGCAAGUCAAACUAUGAAGACACCAGCCUCGAACAGGAAAAUGGCAUGGCAAAGUGAAGACACCAAGGCAGUUGAACAUGCCACAAAUAUGUCAGCAAAUGCCAAACUUCAAGCAACCGAUGCAGAAGUUCCUCUUCAGGAAAUUAACAGCCUUGAUAUUUUCGAAACUCUAUACAGACUGCCAAAUGAAAUAGAAAAUCUAAAAAUGCUUCAAGACUUAUCUGAGGAAAUACUUCAUGAAAGACAAAGAAUAAUAAAAAAACUCAGAGAGAUGGCGGACUAUUUAGCCAAAACCCACAAUGACGUUCUAAUCGCCGAUCGUGUUGGAACUGGAGUCGGAAUCGGAUCGGGUUUACUUGUUAUUGGCGGUCUAAUCGCUGCUCCCUUUACUGCCGGUAUAUCUCUCGGCCUGACAAUCACAGGAACUGCCACUGGUCUACUGGGUGGCGUAACCUCCGCAGGAGCCAACAUAACUGGUUACUUUAUUUCCAAAAAUGAGCUCACGUCUCUAAAGGCUGAACUCGGGGAACACUUAUUGCACCUGGAAAAACUCUCCACAGCUGAUUCAAAGUACUUGGUCAGAGCUACGCGUUUUCGUCCGACGUUGGAGAUGUUAGGAAAACUAUCGGAACAAGGAUGGAUGCAACUGUUUGGGACAUUUCAAAAAUUAAUAACGCUUGCCCUAAAUGGGGAUUAUGCGCAGAUCAACAAAGCUGUGAAUCAUGUGGCAGAUCCUCAAAUCAAACAUUUAAUUCAAAAACUUCCUUUGCCACUUGAUCCGGAACUGUUGCACGCCCUAGCUGAUGCGUGCUCUCUUGUAAUAACUCAAAUGCGGGGCAUCAAACAAGCAAUAGCAGCGUUCUUGAAUUACUUUAAAAGACCCGAACUGGCCAAGCUUGCCGUCAUCUACACGAGUUCCGCGGCUGCAGCGAGAACAACCACGGCAACUGCAGCGACGGAAAUCAAAUCUGUUUUUCGUGGAACGCCAAUGGCGAUGACCAAAACUGCUCGUACAGCAGCCGGUGCCUUAACUGCUGCAUUUAUCGUCAUUGACGUGAUCCACAUGGUACGCAUUUGCUACGAAACAGGAGAGACUCCAACAGUACAAGAACUCCGAAAAAUGGCAAAUGAUCUUGAAGAAGAAAUAAAAGUUCCAUCGGACGAUGCCACAAGUGAGAAGGAAUUGCACAAAAUGGCCAAUGAUUUUCAAAAAGAGAUGGACUCUACAGUUGACGCUAGUAAAGAGACCAUGAAAAAAAACGAACCAUGUUUCAGGCCCAGUGAUGUUCGAGCAAAAAUAGGAGUUCCUUCUACGGACACGGGAAGGAUUGAAGAAACGGACGACGAGCAAUUUUUUGAUUGCCGAGAAAAUUAAUCUUUUUAACAUGAUUUACAAGCAAAAAUUUAUAACAAAGGAAUGCGAGAAACUAGACUAUGCCUGCUUCACUAAUGAAAUAAUCUUACUACAUGGGA